AUGCAAGACUGUGCGGGUUGGGCAGGUGCCAAAUUCAUAACCGUAGCCGUCGUUGUGUUAAAUCUGAUGUUAGGCUUCACAACACCGGCACAGGUAACAUUAGGGCAGAAUAUCUCUGUUAUCCAGCAGCGUUUUGAUGAAGUACACAAUCAGUUAACUGAAACUGGUUCUGAAGUAAGCGAACUUAAAGUACUGUAUUAUUGCAAGGCAGGAUCAGAUGAUUAUGAUCCCCUGUUCGGACAGUCGGGUGCGGACGGCGGUCUGCAUGGGUACGAAACCCUGAGUUUCGAAAUUGACGGGCUAAAUAGGACGGCAAUGUCUUAUGACAUCGUUCAUUUUGACCUAGUAAAUGAUACGCUGCAGUGGUACUACACAGAAUAUAGUGACAAGACUACUCCGCUAAUUGGUGCGGGUGGUUAA